GGAGCCCGGGACGCGCCUAGUCGGCUCCCGGCGUGAGGGCGACGCUCGGCACAAACCCAUCCCCGGACUCGAACCCCGGACACGCAGCAUGGCGGCCGCACCUCGGAGCUCUUGGGUCCGUGAUCCAGUGACCUUUGAAGACGUGACCUUGAUUUUUACCCCAGAAGAGUGGGAAAAGCUGAGCCUUGAACAGAAGUGCCUGUACAGGGAGGUGAUCCUGGAGAACUACAGGAACCUGGUCUCCGUGGAACACCAGCUUUCCAAGCCAGAUGUGGUGUCUCAGUUGGAGGAGGCCGAAGAGCUCUGGUCUGUGGAGAGAGGAAUUGAAGACAAGUCUGCAGAUUCUGCUCGGAUGCAGUUGAACCCCCAGGCAAAGAUCCAGGUUGUUGAAGUCCUCACACUGAACAAGGAGCUGGCUUGUUCCCGGAAUGCCCAGAUCCGAGCCCUCUAUGCUGAAGGCGAGGGUCUGAGCCCAGACAUCCUCAGGGAGCCCACUCCGCAGCUCGACAGUUACCAAGUUGACCCCAACACUGCCCACCAGAAAUUCCGGACAUUCCAUUUUAAGGAGGCUCCAGGGCCCCGGGAGGCCCUGGCUCGCCUGCGGGAGCUGUGCUGUCAGUGGCUGCGGCCCGAAGCCCACUCCAAGGAGCAGAUCCUAGAGCUGCUGGUGCUGGAGCAGUUCCUGGGUGUGCUUCCUGAGAAGCUGCAGGUAUGGGUGCAGUCACAGCAACCAGAGAACUGUCACCAGGCACUAGCCCUCAUAGAUGACAUAAUCUGGAUAUCUGAGGAGGAAGCAGUGCUGCCUUCUGAUUCCCCCUGCUCUCUGGAGGUCACAGUGCAACAGCAGGAGAAGGAGGCAGAAAAGGAUACGGCCACCUGUGCAGAGAAGGCUCACCCUGAGGAAUCAGUGACAUUGCAAGAAUCAGUGACUUUCCAGGAUGUUUCUGUCGACUUCAGCAGGGAGGAGUGGAGGUUACUGGAUCCAACUCAAAGGAAUGAGUAUCACAACGUGAUGCUGGAGACCCUCGGGAACCUAGUCUCUGUGGGUUGGGAGACUACACUGGAAAGCAAACAGUUAACUCCAGAGUCAAGCACUUCCAAGGAAGUACCUGGCCUGGGCACAGAAGUCUUAAGGGAGGAGUCCUCCAACUCAGGAAAUGGCCCACAGGCUGGGGCCCCAGAAGUCUCAGACACGGCACUGAAAGAGGUGGAGCUUACUCAGGAACAAUCCCCCCCUCGACCACAGCAACGUGAACGCCCCAGAUCCCAGGCAAACUCUGCCUCUGAGAGAAGCCAUGUUUCACGCCAGAAAGCACUUCAUAGGAAAAACUCACGUAAGCGUGUCUCACCUGUCAAAAUUGUGACACAGAGUCAAUAUGCCAAAAUUAACCAGAAGAGCAAAACUGGGCGGAAAGGUCGGGAAAGCAGUGGCUCAGGGGAAACCCGCCUGCAGCACUCUCAGCAGGUGACCUUCAUAAAGAUUCACAAAGGGAGCCAGGUUUGUCGCUGCAGUGUAUGUGGUAAAAUCUUCCAGAAUCCAAGGUAUUUUUCUGUUCAUAAGAAAAUCCACACAGGAGAGAAGCCCUAUGUGUGUCAAGGUUGUGGGAAAGCGUUUGUUCAGAGCUCUUCCCUCACACAACAUCUGAGAAUUCACACUGGUGAGCGGCCUUUUGAAUGUCAGGAGUGUGGGAGAACCUUUAAUGAUCGCUCAGCCAUCUCUCAGCACCUGAGGACUCACACGGGGGCCAAGCCCUACUCAUGUCAGCAAUGUGGAAAAGCCUUCCGCCAGAGCUCCCAUCUCACCAGACAUCAGAGAACUCACACUGGAGAGCGCCCCUACAAGUGUGACGCAUGUGGAAAGGCCUUCACCCAGAGCUCACACCUGAUCGGGCACCAGAAAACACACAACAAGGGCAAAUAUAAGAGUAAAUACCGCCUACCUCAUAGCACUCAAGCAAGAUGAAUGGAUAUUGUCUUUUCAGCAUCAUCCUACAGUGUUAUGUGGGUGGCCUGGUUGCACUUAAAUCUGUUCAUUAAAAGUGAUAUUCGUAGGUGAAGUUAAAGAGGUCAUCAGGUAUGGUGCGUGCCUUACUAUGCAUGCUGCUCAGGUCAAAGUAGCACAGGGGGAAGCUUUAAUGCUGUGGUGUUGCUACGUCUCUGGCUUCUGUUGAAAAAGUCACGUAAUGCACUUUGUUGUGUAAAAUAAGUGAUCUUAUUAAAAUAAAAUGCUUAUAAAUUUUUAAAGUAUGCCCCCAAAGAUCUUUGCACUGAUAGAUAUCCAAUGUAAAAUAUUUAUGUAUAUGAUAAAAAAUUUAGAGAACAUGAAUAA